AUGUACAAUUUCUCCUCCCGACCUACUAUGCAAUUGGCCUCUGGAGCUACUGCAAGAGGAAACCAUAAAUUCAUCUCAAAUUGCUUAAAGCCCAGUGCUCACUUCUCGUUUGACCCGAUGGAUAUUUUAGGCACUUGCCUAGGUCCGGCAGAUGCAGUAACGUCAGACUGGAUCCAACCUGUUCUGAAAUGGUACGACCACAUUUCACAAUGGAUCAUCAGUGCCUAUAUCACUGGUUUCAUCGCCGCAUCUUUUGCGAUUGUCAUAGGUCUCGUCCAAUCUCCAAUGGGAAAAGUGGCCGUUAUGAUAUCCUCAUCGGCAGGUGCUACCUAA